UUCUAACGGCGUUCCAUCAAAGGUGGAAUAAACAACUAACGCUGAACUGAAGUGUUAUUAUAACUAGAGGACUGUACAAACUGGUUUAUGUUUAGAACAAGGACGGACUGGUGAUAAUGGCGAUGCUAAUGCUGGUUGGUAUGUUGGGUAUGUUGAUGGCAGGAACUGGUGUAGCAGUAAACGGAGAGGGUGAGCAUUCCCUCUUCUACAUCUACACGGCUCUCUCCAAACCUCUCCAACUACCCGGCAUUUAUGAGUUCAUUGCGAUGGGCAUGCUCGAUGAUCGAGAGAUCGAUUACUACAGCAGUGAGAAACAAAUAAAGGUUCCAAUGCAGACCUGGAUGCAGGAGAAGAUGGAUAAAGAUUACUGGGAGAAAGGAACCCAGUCCCGCAAGAGUAAAGAGCAGUGGUUCAAGGUCAACCUGGAUAUCCUGAUGGAUCGGAUGAACCACAACAAGUCUGAUCUUCAUGUUUUUCAGUGGAGACACGGAUGUGUGGUUAAGAAAGACGCAGAUGGAAGCGUUUCAUUUGUUAACGGCGUUAGUGAGUAUGGUUAUGACGGCUCAGAUUUCCUCUCCUUUGAUGGACAAAACCUCAGAUGGAUCGCUGCGGUCCCUGCUGCCGAAGCGACCAAGUGGAAAUGGGAUAACACUCCCAUUCUAAACCAGUACACCAAGGGCUACCUGGAGAAAGAGUGUGUGGACUGGCUCUCCAAGUUCAUGGGCUAUGAAGAAGAAUCGAUAAAAAACCGCACUUCACUGGAUGUGUUUAUAUUUGCGAAGAACUCAGUAACCAACCCCGACAAGUUGACCCUGACCUGCAUGGCCACCGGUUUCUACCCUCCUGAUGUGCAGAUGUAUAUAAGAAAAUCUGGAACUACUCUGCCUGAACAUCUAACAGCAUCUACAGGAAUCAGACCCAACGAUGAUGGCAGCUACCAGCUGAGGAAGUGUGUGGACAUCACGGAGGAGGAUAAAGCUCUUUACGAUUGUUACGUCACCCACAGCACCUUCAACGAGCCGAUAAUUACAAAUUGGACUACAGGAGAAAUUGCAACUGUAGAAAGAGGAACAGCCUGUGCAGGGGAAAUUGCAACUGUAAAUGGAGGAACAGCCUAUGCAGGUGAGCAUUCCCUCUUCUACAUCUACACGGCUCUCUCCAAACCUCUCCAACUACCCGGCAUUUAUGAGUUCAUUGCGAUGGGCAUGCUCGAUGAUCGAGAGAUCGAUUACUACAGCAGUGAGAAACAAAUAAAGGUUCCAAUGCAGCCCUGGAUGCAGGAGAAGAUGGAUAAAGAUUACUGGGAGAAAGGAACCCAGUCCCGCAAGAGUAAAGAGCAGUGGUUCAAGGUCAACCUGGAUAUCCUGAUGGAUCGGAUGAACCACAACAAGUCUGAUCUUCAUGUUUUUCAGUGGAGACACGGGUGUGUGGUUAAGAAAGACGCAGAUGGAAGCGUUUCAUUUGUUAACAGCGUUAGUGAGUAUGGUUAUGACGGCUCAGAUUUCCUCUCCUUUGAUGGACAAAACCUCAGAUGGAUCGCUGCGGUCCCUGCUGCCGAAGCGACCAAGUGGAAAUGGGAUAACACUCCCAUUCUAAACCAGUACACCAAGCACUACCUGGAGAAAGAGUGUGUGGACUGGCUCUCCAAGUUCAUGGGCUAUGAAGAAGAAUCGAUAAAAAACCACACUUCACUGGAUGUGUUUAUAUUUGCGAAGAACUCAGUAACCAACCCCGACAAGUUGACCCUGACCUGCAUGGCCACCGGUUUCUACCCUCCUGAUGUGCAGAUGUAUAUAAGAAAAUCUGGAACUACUUUGCCUGAACAUCUAACAGCAUCUACAGGAAUCAGACCCAACGAUGAUGGCAGCUACCAGCUGAGGAAGUGUGUGGACAUCACGGAGGAGGAUAAAGCUCUUUACGAUUGUUACGUCACCCACAGCACCCUCAACGAGCCGAUAAUUACAACGUGGACUACAGGGGAAAUUGCAGCUAUAAAUGGAGGAACAGCCUAUGCAGACCCUGAUAGAGCCCUGAAUGGAAAUGGGUUCCAUUCUUAAAGUGCUGCAGGAGGAACUUCUGAGGAACUUAGAUUAACGCGACGCAAUUCUAAGGUUCCGAUUGAUGAGAGCAUUUCUGUGAGCUACCCUAAAGCAUUUCAUUUACAUUUAUAUAGUUUGGGUGAUUAAGGGUCAAGGGCCUUGCUCAGGUGCAGAGCAGUGGCAAUUGAACCUGCAACCUUCUGAUUACUAGUCUAGUUACCUUAUCCGCUGAGCUACCGCUACCACAAAAAAUUAUAGACGUUGUGUAAUUGUGUUAAUGUUACAGCUUUUGAUUAGUAUUUCUACAUCAAAGGUCAAUAUAUUUUUUGAUUGUUGUUGUUUUAUGUAACGUUUGUGUUUUAUUUUUUACAUGGAGUCAAAAAAAUCUCCAUUGGAGUGAGAAAGCUAUGAUGUCCAGAAAUGCCAUUGACCUCCCUCUGCUCAACUUCACUUGAAGUGGAUUUAUGCCUAGUUCACACUACACCAUGUUUGUCCUGAUUUUUGAUCGCUCAACAACUCGAAAAUAUCUAGCGUGCUAAAUAUCUGGACCUGUCGGCGACUCAGAAUCUUGGAGCGUGAUCCAGUGUUGCGAUCAGAUUAUGAGUUGAGCUUUAGCCAAUGACAAUGCAGGAUAUGGAGUGAUGGGGAACCUGGGGGUGGGGCUUAUAAACGUCAACAAGCAUGGUUUCUAUCAGCAAACAUCGGCACACGCACAAGCUUUACAGUAUAUGUGACCUUAUCAUCCAUACAUACAUGAAUUCCCAUACACAGACAUGAGGUCACACAGAGGUGUCCAGAUACUUUUGUCCACAGUGUAUAAAUUGUACAUUGCAAGCUUGACUUUUUAUUAAUAAAGAUCUUUUAAAAUUC